CGGAUCCUGCCUACUCCCUUCGGCUCAGGAACCAUAAAACUAACGCGUUAACAAACGUUAAGUUCCUUCAAGUUAAUAAAACUUGGUAUCUCCACCUGGACCAUCUUCAGGUAUACAACACGAAAUCAGUAGCCACAGGGCAGCAACUAAAGUUCAGGUUGUAAGCACUGGACAGGGCUAGGAGUCAGAUCCUCUAGGAGCCGAUGAAAGUGUAGGAAGUAGAAGUCCUAUGUAAACAAAGAAACAGGAAAAUCUGAAGAGGAAAUUCACUGCGUCACAGGACUGAGAGCCUCAGAGCCACUUGUAGCUCCCGUCUCGGCACCAGAGCACUGACCGGCCACCUCAAAUGAAACUUCUCUAUUUCAUAGUGUGUGCAUUUAUAUUGCUGGACAAAGGUCAGCAAUGUCCGUGGAAGUGUCAUGAAAAUGCUGAGUGUAAAGUGGAGAAAGAGCUACUAGGCUGCUACUGCGCCGGCGGAUACACGGGAGACGGACUUAACUUCUGUGAAGAUGACAACGAAUGCCAAAACGCCACCUACAUCUGCGGAGACCAUGCCAACUGCACCAACACAAGGGGCAGCUACUACUGCAUGUGUCUGCCCGGCUUCGUAUCCAGCGGCCUGGAGAGAUUUAUGACCAAUGACGGAACCUACUGCAAGGAUAUAGAUGAAUGUAAAGAGGAGAAGUGCGGAGAGCACGCUCAGUGCGAGAAUACGGCCGGAGGGUACAGCUGCUCGUGCCUGGAAGGUUAUCAGGCGUCCUCAGGAAGCUUGGUCUUUACACCAAACGAUGGGACUUACUGUCAAGAAAACCUAAAGAUUAAAUGUCAUUUGGAUGAUGAGUGCAUUUCCGACAACAUUAGACAAACCAUGGCCAAGGUCAGUACUAUCAAAGAGCCAAUUACCAUUCUGAAAGAGAUUCAGAGAAGUACCACAAGAGAGCUCCUGCCGGUGGAUGUGAUUUCCUACGUUGAAGUGCUCGCUGCUUCUUCCCCUCUGCUAAGCACUUUAAAUAAGACAGCGCUGAACAAAGAGACUCUCGCUAAUACCACGAUUACAACUUUUGUGAACACAGUGAAUAACUUCAUCGAGAAGGAUAAAAUCACCGUUUGGCAAAAGUUGACGGAUAAAAGUAGACGGAAGAGUAUUACGCAGCUCCUGCACACGACGGAACAGCUGGCCCUAAAUAUGUCGCAGAACUUCAAGAAGACAACGCAACUCGAUGUUGAUGCCAGCAACAUGGCUCUCAAACUGUUUACCUUUGACUCAGGCCACAUGAAGCACAUUCACCCGCACGCACUCCUGGAAGGAGAUUACAUAAAGAUUUUUCCCAAGAAAAAGGAAGCGCCGUUGUCUAAUGGCACGGUGAGCAUUGUGUUCCUUUGGUAUGACACCAUUGGCUCACUCCUGGAAUCUCCGAAAAACGAGGCUUCGAUACAAGAUAAUGAUUCUUUGGAGCCCGGCGAGCUGGUAAUUUCGCCCGUGGUUGCAGCGGCAAUCAACUCCAAUCCACCUACGUUCUACCAACUGGAAAAAAUCACAUUUGUUCUGAAGCAUUUUGAGCCAUCUGCAGACGUCGAAACAGCAGAAUGUGCCUUCUGGAAGUAUGCGCCGGAAUCUCUGACAGGAGAGUGGUCUACAGAAGGUUGCGAGGUGACCUAUUCCAACGCUACCCACACAUCCUGCAAAUGUAUCCACCUCACGCAUUUCGCUAUCCUGAUGUCACCGUCAAGUCACAGCAAAGUGUCCACUCAUCACAGCAUCCUAACAAGAAUUACCCAGUUUGGGAUAAUCAUUUCGCUGAUUUGUCUCUCCCUGUGUAUAUUUACAUUCUUCUUCUUCAGCGAGAUCCAGAGCACCAGGACAACAAUUCACAAAAACCUCUGCUGCGCACUGUUCCUGGCAGAAUUGCUCUUUCUCAUUGGGAUAAAUAUGACCAAAAAUAAGCUCGUUUGUGCAACCGUUGCUGGAUUACUGCAUUACUUCUUCCUUGCCGCAUUUGCAUGGAUGUGUAUCGAAGGGAUUCAUUUGUAUCUCAUUGUUGUCGGAGUCAUUUACAACCGAGGCUUUUUGCAUAAGAAUUUUUACAUUUUUGGAUACUGCAGCCCAGCCGUGGUUGUUGGAAUUUCGGCUAUUCUAGGAUACAGAUAUUACGGCACAGAUAAAGUGUGUUGGCUGAGCACAGAGAAUAAUUUUAUAUGGAGUUUCAUUGGCCCGGCUUGUCUCAUCAUUCUUGUUAAUUUAAUGGCAUUCGGGGUGAUAAUAUACAAAGUUUUUCGGCAUACCGCCAUGUUGAAGCCGGAAGUUAGUUGCUAUGAAAACAUAAGGUCCUGCGCACGGGGCGCCCUCGCUCUACUCUUUCUUCUUGGUGCAACCUGGAUGUUUGGGGUCCUUCAUGUUGUAAAUGGGUCGGUGGUCACAGCUUAUCUCUUCACAAUUUCCAAUGCCUUCCAGGGAAUGUUUAUCUUCAUCUUCCUCUGUGUUUUAUCUAAAAAGAACGAGAUGCCUCCACCUUAG